AACCUACAAUCGAUAGGUAGUUAUAACAACACAAGCACGUGGAGUCGUAACUAUCGAGCAACAAGACCCUCAGAGCUUACGGAAGAUGUCUAGGAAAAAUAGGAGUACGAAAUUGGGAAGAGUUUUAAAAAAAAGGAAGCGAGAAGAAUCCACUAGUGAAGCAAAACCCGAAGGAGAAGAAGGAACUGCACCACCAGCUUCCAGAACCUCUGAUGAACCUCUUCCAAAAAAAGUUAAAUGGAUAAACCGUCAAAGAGUGUUGGUUUUUGGAGCAGCAGGUAUUACACAGCGAGAUAGGCAUUUAAUGAAUGAUCUUAAGAGGAUUAUGCCUCACUCGAAGAAUGAGAACAAAAUAUCUCGCAGAGAGCAUCUUGCUGUUAUUAAUGAACUGUGCGAAGUUAAAAACUGCUGCAAAGCACUGUUUUUGGAAGCGCGAAAAAAAUUGGAUUUAUACAUGUGGUUAUCCAAUGUACCUCAUGGACCUUCAGCGAAAUUUUUGGUAGAAAGCACAUUUACUAUGGGUGAAUUAAGACUGACUGGAAAUUGUUUGAAAGGAUCGAGACCAGUUUUAUCAUUUGACGAAAAUUUUGAUUCCCAACCCCACUAUGCACUUCUGAAAGAAGUUUUAACCCAGAUAUUUGGAGUACCAAAUCAUCAUCCUAAAAGCCAACCAUUUGUUGAUAGAAUAAUUACUUUUUCUAUUUUGGAUAAUCGUAUCUGGUUUCGCCAUUAUCAAAUUCUUCAAGAGGAUGGAGCAUUAGCGGAAAUUGGACCAAGAUUUGUUCUGAAUCCAAUAAAAAUAUUUAGCGGCAGCUUUACAGGCGCUACGCUGUGGGAAAAUCCGCACUACAUUACUCCUUCUGCCUACCGCCAGCAGCUUAAAGCUGUCGCCGGAACUAAAUACCUCAACAGGCAGCAACAAAAAAUUAAAUAUAUGGCUACAGCACCGGAAGUUACGUACAAAUCUCUUCCGGAGGAUGAGGUUUUCGAAGGAGAAACCCUCACUAAAGCUGCCGAAUUAACGGGAAUGGAAAUAGAGACAGAAGGAAUGCAGCAGAAAAAGCAAUUCACCUUCAAGAAAAAGAAAAGAGCUGGCAAAAAGUUCACAAAAAAACCAAAAGCAAUACCUACUUGAUAUUGCUUAUUUAAAUAUUAUAAUUUGUAUAUAUAUAAAAAAAGUGUAAAUAUUUUUGUUUUAUUUU